CCAACUAUCAAUAAGGAUAAGCAAUUAGCUGAAGUUAGUUAGUUAAUUCACUAAUAUUCCAGUUGUAUUAGUAUGUUAGUUAACUAACUACAUAUUAGUUUUACACUCUACCAUAGUUAACUAACUAUAGAUUAGUUCUACAUCCUACUAUAGUUAGGAUAUAUAUAGAUGCCUUGUAUCAAAUAUUAAUUCAAUCUAAGCUUUACUCAAUGAAACAGUUGCUUUCUUCUCUGCUUAGACCGUAAGUCUCCAUUAGCAUUUCUUUUUCGUCUCAAGGAAAGUUCCUUGCAUGGAACUUUACAUGGUAUCAGAGCAACAUAGUUAGUAAGAUCUAGGGAUUUCUUUCAAGGAUUGAACAAGAAAUCGAGAGAUUCUUCUUUCCAGAUCUGUAAUGGCUGUACGUUUUGAUCACAAUCAUCCUCUGUUUUUGGGAGCUUCGGACACGCCUAGAGCUGUGCAAGUGGUAAUUGAGCUCACUGGCAUGGAGAAUUACACACUUUGGAGAAGAGCGAUAAAGCUAGCCCUCUUGACAAAGAACAAAAUUGGAUUUGUUGAUGGAUCAAUUACUCGUGAGAAGUUUGGUGUUGAUCUGGUGAAUCAAUGGGACAGGAGUAUUGUGAUGGUGAUCUCAUGGAUAGCAAUGUAAGUAAAGGCCUUCUCUCUGGAAUUUUAUUUCGGUCUACUGCUAGUUCUGUUUGGGAGGAUCUUAGAGAGCGAUUUAAUAAAAUCAAUUUAUUGCAAGUCUAUCACCUACACAAGGAGAUUGCAACACUAGUGCAGGGUACUUUGCCUGUUUCUGUCUACUAUUCUAGGUUAAAGGAUCUUUGGGAUGAAUAUGACUCGAUUGUACCUCCGCCUUCGUGUGACUGUGCGAAAUCGAAAGAGUAUAGUGAAAAUCUUCAAAAACAUAGGCUAUUACAAUUUCUCAUGGGCUUGAAUGAUGGAUAUAGCAAUGCUCGUGGUCAAAUAUUGAUGAAAACAACACCUCCUAGCAUGAAUCUAGCUUAUGCCCUUAUUGUACAAGAUGAAAAUCAAAAAUCAUCAUCAGUGGGGCAUUUUUCAUCUGGUGAGGGUAUGGAUCCCACAGCCUUAUUCGCAGCACGAGGUGCACCGACUAGAAAAUUUGGUGACUCGUAUUGUGACUACUGUCAUAUGCGAGGACAUACUAGGGAGCAAUGUUUCAAAUUGAAGUUUUGUGAUCAUUGCAAAUCCAGAGGUCAUCUCAGAGAGACUUGCUACCAACUGAUCGGAUACCCAGCAGAUUUCAAAAGCAAAAAGAAGGCUAAUGUGGUAACAAGAAAUGGACAUUCAGGAGAACUUCCUCAAAGUCAGCUUUCUUCUGGACAUGGCAAGCAGUCUGAACAAAGCCAACUGAUCCAAGGUAAUACUAUUCCUAAAUUUUUUCCCCCCAAUCAGUGUGCUCAAAUUGAGCAACUCUUGCGUAAGUCAAGCUUUGGAGAAGCAAGUGCAAGCAUGGCUAGGACCAAUGUGAACAUUGCAGGUAAUGUAACAUAUAAUGGUCAAGAUAAUUACACUUGGAUUAUUAAUACGGGGGCAACUAACCACAUGGUUGGUAAUGAUAAGAUGUUGUUAAAUGGUGCACAAGUAGGUAACACAGGGUCAUUACAGUUGCCAACUGGAGAGACAACUAAGGUGUCUUCAAUUGGAACCUGUCAGCUAGAUGAAAGACCUGCUCAUUGGGAAUGUGAGGGUGAUUGGUAAAGAGGACGAUGGACUGUACAUUUUACAAGGAAGGAAAGGACAACAGGAUACAAUUCUUAGGAAGUCUUUGGCAGUA